AUGGUCACAAUGGAGCCAUUAACAGAUGAUGAAUGGGAUGAUGCGGAUAUGGAUGAUUCAGAUUUAGAAGAACUGCUCAAAAGGAAACAACAACUCGAACAACAAUUGCAACAAUGCGGUCAAAACGGUUUGGAGAACGGAGAUGAGGAUGAGAGUUUAAAUGGUGCAUCUCGACAAACUCUCGAAAAUGACGAUGAGCCGGAGAAAAAAAGAUUUCGAUUGGAGGAAGAGUUACCCGAGACGCCGAUCAAAGAAGGCCGCCCAAUCUCCGCAUUAAGCGAGGAUGCUGGAGCGAACAAUAGCUUUUAUUUUUCGACCCCUGAUCAAUCACAUUCCGAAUGGGAAAUCCCGAACACACCAGCUCGAUGUCCAUACAUGCACAACGUGACCCCGCCAAAAUCGGAGGCUAACGAGUUGAACACAAGCGAUGAUUUCAAUCCACUUGAUUUACUCGAACAAGCUGUCGAUGAGGAAGAAUCGACGAAGACAUUCCUAAAGCGUGUCCCCCUUUAUCGUCCAAAAGAUAUCAUCGAGCCAUUGCCAACCGGUUGGAGAGAGAUCACUCAUGCAUCCGGCCUAUCCGUCUAUUUGCACGCAGAAACAAGAGUCUGCACAUUUUCUCGACCGUACUACCUUGGGAAAGGCUCUGUGAGACAUCACGAGGUUCCCCUUUGUGCAAUCCCGUGUUUGCACGAGCGCAAAGUGAACGACUUUUACGACAGAAAACGGGAAGAGGCAGCACAAGCGGGAAGCGCUCUGCCACUCGGUGAUAUUGAUGUGCAGACGAAGGGCGAAGAUUUCGGUCUGAACGUGCAACUUUCAUCAAACGCCGUGUACGAGUACGCGAAAACGCUGUAUCGCAUAAAAAUGGUGAAGAUUCGAAAAAACUUCCGCCGAUGGAGAGACCGAGCCGAGCAUUCACGAUCGCAAAAAGAAUUGGAAGAUCAACGCCUUAUCGCAGCGAUCGAUGAUGGUGGAGAUGAUUCAGAAAAGAUUCGCCGCUUUGUACUCCCGGACAGUGUUGUGAUGUCAGCGCCACAGGGUUUAGCUCGAGCCGGAAAACCAGGACGCCAACGACGCAUGGUUGUCGUGGGAAAAACGGCGGUCAACAUUUUGCACGAUUACGCGUCCAAAUUUCUGCGCGGAGCCAAGCUUGAAUACAUUGAGGAUCAAACGAAUCGAUCAGCCGCGGCUCCGUACCAAAUUUCGGUUUAUCUCAAAAAGUCGGCUGAAGUUCGACUGGCUCUAGCCGACAAUAUCAAAGAGAAAUUGGAUGUGCUGAGGCUGAGGGAGAAUUUUCAGAAUGGCGAUGAUCAAAAUAAAGAUCAACUUCUUGGUCGAGGUGUUGGCGCUUCGAAAAAAGAGGCAAAGCGAUUAGCUGCUCAAGAAGCUGUCAAGCUAUUCUACUUCAACGCGCCGAUUCGUUUCAAUUCUGAUGGAGUGGCGAUUCUGGAGAACGAGGAGAAGAAGCACGAGAUGAUCGAACAAGCGGCGGAAAACCUUUUUGAUGACAUUGCUUUGGAUGAUCCAAAGGUUUCUCUACUAGCUCCACAAGCCGCAAUACCAACUCCUCUAGAGCUGCUAAAGCUCAUCCUGCAAAAAACCUCCAAAUACGCGAAUCUGAAAUUGGAGUGGAAAGACGGGAAACGCUUCGGGAAAUCGAAAUUCCAAGUUUGCUUGAAGUUGGACACGUUUGAGGUAAAGCAAGAAGCCGAGAAAAGACAAAGCGCCGAGCAAUUGUGUGCCCAACAUGCGCUAAAAUAUCUCCACCGGGACACUGAGAUCACUUCCUAUGGAGCGUUGUUAAAAAUUUAUGCUCAAGAUCUCAAGCAGCAAUAUGAGGGAAUAAAAGAGCAGAAAGAGGUCACGAAACUUCAAACAACUCAGAAAUCCUCGGGCAACACGGCAGUCCUCUCGAAACUUUGCGAAGAGCUCAAAAAGCUCGAAGAGACAAAAAUUCGACGCGAUCAUCCGUUGUGCUCUACAAAAACUCCGAUUUUAUUA